CGUUUGUAUUUAUUUUCUGACCGCUGUCAUUACUUCACUGUUUUCGUCCCUUACGACUAUUCGACAGUGUUUUUCUUUGAAUUUCUGAUACGUAAUAAGAUAAAAGUUGAACUUAAUGUAAAAUGAUGUUAUCUAUUAUAAUAAAUAAUUUGAAGUGGUGAAUGAAAGAAACUGCUUACGGACGCGCUCAAUCUCAGUGAAGAUUAGUUCGUCUGGACAGCAUCUUUAUCUGGAAAAGAAAUCGAAACAUGCAAACAUCUCCGGUCCGCUGAUUAUACCGAUUUAGUUCGACGUGCGGUGUGAAUCCUAUCGGUCGCCAAUUUAAAAAGAAAUGGAACACUAAUAAUUUGCUAACAAAUAAAUCGAUUCGAACUUUAAAUUAAGAAAUAUCAACCAGUGUAUUUGUGUUAACUUGCGAAAAAGACAUCAGAAUGAGCACAGCAGACACCUCGGUUUUGGCGGGAUUUAUCCCUGAAUAUUUUUUCAACAUUGUCGAAGAGCUCGAUGAACACCCAUGGUUAUUUGCGGCGCUUGCCUCUGUGCUGGUGGGGCUUAGUGGUAUCCUACCACUUCUAAUCAUUCCAAUAGACGACACGGCCUCUUUCAAGGACGGAUCUGGGGCGGCAACAUUGCGAAUACUGCUGAGUUUCGCUGUGGGCGGCCUGCUCGGAGACGUGUUCUUGCACCUGUUGCCAGAAGCGUGGGAGCACGACUUGAGGUCCACACCAGAAGGCGAGCAUGUCUCAAUGAAAUGCGGUCUUUGGUGUUUAUUUGGAAUGUUAGUCUUCAUUGUGGUCGAGAAACUGUUCGCUACAGUCGAAGAAGAUGAGGAGGACGAUGAACACAAGCACAAACAGAACGGCUCGAUAAAGCAGAUAGAAAUAGAAGAGAUCGAGAAGCUGCUAGAAGUGGAGAGGAAACAACGGGGUAUAGGAAAGAGGGAGUCCAUAUGCGGUAGCAAUGGAAAAGUGACCGCGAAACAGUUGUACGAUUCUUGCGUUUUCAACAAUAACACCUCAGGUGAGGCUGUAUGCUGCAGCGCUAGGUUAGCGGGCGGGGCAAAUGGGGCGCGGGGUACGGGGGGUCCGGGCAGCCGCUGGAUGGGCCGCUGUCUGCUGCGAGAGGCGCGAGAGAAAGCGCUGCACGCAUCCAAAGAAAAGAGCGGGAAAAAGCAUGUAGCUGGCUACUUAAAUCUGAUGGCGAAUUCCAUAGACAACUUCACCCACGGCCUGGCCGUCGGCGGUUCCUUCUUGGUCGGAUUCAGGGUCGGCCUCCUCACCACAUUCGCUAUACUUGUACAUGAGAUUCCGCACGAAGUGGGCGACUUCGCUAUCCUGCUGAAGAGCGGAUUCUCGCGGUGGGAAGCAGCGAAGGCGCAGUUGGCCACAGCAUCAGCGGGUCUGGUCGGCGCUAUGACAGCGGUGAUUUGCAGCGGGGCCAGUAAUGCCAUAGAAGCGAAGACGUCGUGGAUAGCUCCGUUCACAGCGGGCGGGUUCCUGCAUAUAGCGCUGGUGACCGUGCUGCCCGAGCUGCAGAGGGAGCGCGACCGCAUGCAGUCGCUGCGGCACCUCGCCGCGCUGUUUCUGGGCGUCGCGCUCAUGGCCGCCAUGACAUAUUACUGUGGGUAGACACCGUAGCAGGCCAAAUAUGUCCGCCUUAAGGAGUGCCCACACCGAAAUUACUAUUUGUGGAGCAAGUGAUUGACCUGUAGUUACUAUUUGUGGAGCAAGUGUUUGACUUGUAGUUACUAUUUGUGGAGCAAGCGUUUCACCUGUGGUUACUAUUUGUGGAGCAAGUGUUUCACUUGUAGUUACUAUUUGUGGAGCAACUGUUGUUGUCACUGAAGUUGUUAUUCGUGUGUAAAAAAUAUAAUAUUAGUUAGCACUAUUGAUUGUCACCAAUCAACACUUAAAAACGUUGCUCUAACGUAAUUUCGGUGUGGAUAGAACUUUAUCAUUAUAUGCGGGUAGACAAACCAUCAAAGCCAAGGUUAGGACAUAUUUUUUAAUUAUACACUUCACGUUGUAGCAAGGUACAAGUGACAAGUCACUAAAACUACAAUAUAUAUAUAUAUAUAUAUAUAUAUAUAUAUAUAUAUAUAUAUAUAUAUAUAUAUAUAUAUAUAUAUAUAUAUAUAUACUUGUGGGAUUCAACAAAUUUGUUGGUGAAAAAAUACUAAUUAUUUGAUUGAUUGACACCAAAUAUCUCACUAAAUAUUUGUAAAAUGUGUAUUGUCGCACGCGCAAUGUUACAGUGAGCAGUACAUAACGUGUAUAUUUAAAUACUAUAUAUAACAGACGUUUAAAUGUCUAUAAAUUUGUGAUUAUAUCACGAAUAAAUUUAUAUUUUGUUUAAAUAUAAAUUUAUUAUACAAAAAAUUUAAUGUACAUACUAUAUUUAUUACUACGAACAUAGUAAGUUCAUUAAAUUCUCGUUAUCUAGUUAUAUAUGUAAAUAUUUUAAAAAUUAUGAGCAUAAGUUUUAAAAAAAAUAUUAUGUAUAUUUUAAUACGUAGAUAUCAGUUUACGAAACUUCCAAUACGGGUUAAUUAUAUAGAUAUUGAAACAAUGCCGAUUUUGAAAUGUCAUUUUUCAAUCUAUCCUAAUAUAAUUUUGAAAAAAUACAUUUCAGAAUCAGUCCCAAAUGUUUGUUUUCCAUUAAAAAAUAAAAUAGAAAAAUAAGAAAAAAAUAAUUAACAUUCGUGGGGAUGUUCAAGUAUUACGUACAAAUCUUCAAAAAAGGCGUUAACCUUUUUUGAAGAUUUGAUGUAACGCGCUGUAACAUUUCUCUAUACCCCCCUCCGCCCCCUACUUCUCCCUAGGCGUUACGUAACACCUAAGUGACUAUUAUUACCUACAAGUACACUAUCAAAUAUUGUUACUUAAAACAAAACAAAAAUAUAUUAAAAAAAAUAUAACAAUACAGUCGAGGGAUUGCCUGUAAAACAUAAACAUAAGCAGUCGCCAACUUUGGAGAGUUUAAUUCCCUAAUUAUUUAUUUAAUUAUUAAAAAAAAGUUAUUUAACGCAUUGUUCGAUUCCGAUUACAAGACACCCCCCCCCCCCCCCACUCCUACAAAUUACUUUACGUAGUACUUGAACUUCCCCUGUUCUGCAUGUGGUGCUUGAAUUUGUUAAAUAUUCACUAGCAAAAUGGACAACCGGCUCAAUUGCUUCAACUCAUGUUAUUUUCAUAUAAUAUUAAAUGCAGAUGAUACGAAAGGUUGCUAUAUAGAUCACGUGACCUCGCAUUUUGUAUGGAAAAAGUAAUUACUAAUUAGUAUUGCAACAAACUUGUUUAGUUUCAUUAAUUUUUUAUUUAAUAACUUCUUUAAUACCAGGGUUGUUUUUUUUAUACCACUGAGGUGGCAAACAAGCAUACGGCCCACCUGAUGGUAAGCGGUUACCGUAGCCUAUGAACGCCUGCAAUACCAGAGGUAUUACGCGCGCGUUGCCGACCCUGAAGAAACCUCUUUACCCCCUUUUGAAGAACCCCAUGCUGUAGUCUCUUGGGAAAACCUCGGCAGGAAGCUCAUUCCAUAACCUGAGUGUUCGUGGGAGAAAACAUCUCUGAAAAGGGUUGAUAAUAUACUUAUUAAUUCUAUUAUCUAUCUACUAUUCUACUAUUAAUAUUCUACUAUUACUACUACUAUCUAUGAUUUUUCCAUAGUAUAUUUUUUAUAAUAAUUUUUUUUCGUUAUCUUAACGUCGCUGAGACGAUUUUGAAUAUUUAUUAAUAUUCAUAUUUUCAAAUAAUUCAUUCUCAUUUCAAGCGCCAUUAUAAAAUGAAAAAAAAAGUUAAUUUGCGAAUGUUGUAAUUUUCGACAAAGAAAAGUUCAAAUUGCAAAACGUCAAAGUUUCUAGUUUGUCUCUACCGAUAAAUCUAUUUGCCGUUUGGUUCAAAGUACGUUAAUAUUCGAUAGUAGCUAAACACUAGUAAGUUGCUACGAUACCGCUGCGAAUUUUGUUACUAAAUCAUAGAGGGGGUCGAGUAUGCUGUGCCCAUUACAGAAUUAUCAGGGACUUGUAGGCUAUUAUUCCAACCUAUUUCAAACCUACGUAGUUGUAAAAAAAUAAAUAGUGACGUCCUUGACAAUCUUCUUGUGAUGAAUGAGAAUGAAAACAGGCCAGUUAGACCAUCAUGAUGAAUUCAUCAGGAAUUAACCAUGAUAGUUUCCAGGGGGAACUGCGAGGAGGUCGACCUGGUUGGGUAUAUUGCUAGCAACGGGAUUCUCAGUCUCCAUUACUAACAAUCCCUUUCCCCCUCUUUCCCCGCUAUAUAUUGUAGUUACAAUAAUAUAUAAAGGCCCAAUAACGGAUAUAUUAAACAUCGAUUUUUCCAUAUAUAACAUCGAAAUACAAAAUGACAAACCCGAUUGAAAUGAUUAUGUAUAUUGGUUAGAAUCAGUACGAGCUAUAUCGAAAUGGGUGAUGACCUUUUUUCCAUCAUUAAUGUCCGCAGGAACCCAAUGUAGAUAUCGGCACAGUAUCAAUGUUACCCAUGCCUACUAAUGACUAGCCGUAAAGUUAAUUAAAAAAAAAUUUAAUUCUUAAUUUGAACUGUGCAACAAUUUGAAAAUGGCGACAUUCGUAACGUAACGUUGAAGAGUAUUAGUAUUAUAAAAUCAAAUAUUAGACUGUGAAUGUUUAGACAUAGACUAUGGAUACAAAGAGGUACUUUACGUAUUUUUUUUAUUAUUAAGUAUAUAAGAAUAAUCGCUCAGAAACCAUGUAUAUAAUGUAUAACAAUGCAUGCUAGGUGCUUAAUUAACUUAAAUCACGUAAUUUACUAAGGAUAUUACAGUAAUACAUUUGACAUUAUGUAGCAUCUAGUUUUAUAUGAGGUAUAUAAAACACGCGUACCCCGUAAACGUUCUUUUGCUCCCUACCGCCAUCUACCGGCUCCAUUUUUCUUAUCUAGAUAAAAAUUAUUCUAAAGCCACGGCGACAUACACUAACACUUUGUAUGUUGGCUUAGACCCAGUGACCCUGAGGUUGUGGCCUCCGGAAUUAAAGCUGAAGGGUAGUGGGGUUCGCCCCGACGCCCCUAUCUCACCCGCUAUAUAUACUCUUUAUGCGGGAAACGAGACCAUUGAUUGAUUAAAGAUAUUUUAGCUUUAAUAUUGGAGCAAACAUUACGAUUUUUUAUAAAAUUUCUUUAAACUCAAUUGAUUAAUUUUUAUUUUAGAUAUUAGCUUAAAGGUGCAUCGUGACACAGAAUUUUUAUGUAUUAAGAUUAAUUCUGUGCCAAUAAAGUUUAUACAUAAAAUAUAUGUAGGUAUAAGCCAAACAUAAAAUAGUGACGUUGAGGCAUUAACUACCACUUGUUAAGUAUAAAUUUUCAAGUUUGCGAUCGCCGUUAGGUUUUGAUGUUUUAACCCUUCUUUGCAUGAUUUUUUUAUUGGUGAAAUAAUUCAAAGUAAUAUAAUUAAUUCAUGUUCAAAAUUAAAGUAAAUAUUGUUAAAAAAAUAAAUUUGACAGCUACGUUUUUUUUUUCUGCAGUGGACAUUAAAAAGGUAUCCAGACACGAUCAACUUAAAAUGAACUUGUUCUUUUAUAUAAUUUUUGGGCAUUCAAUGUUAUGAUGGAAAUUUCGACCAUUAUGCAAAGAAGGGUUAAGAGGGAUCCUGCUGCCCAUCUCUCGACUAUUAAGCUCCCUUAGUCGCCUCUUACAACACCCUCAAACGACGGGAUAGCCAAUUCUAUGGUGGGACUACACGAUGAAUUGUAUGCCAUGAAACCAAAAAAUAUCGCUUACGAAAAUAAUUUAAAGGAAAUAUAUAAUUUUUAAUAUUUUUGUGUUUAUAUUUCACUAACUGUAGUGAAUGCACCUAUGACGCCUAUAAAAUCAAAGGCAGCUAGAUGCCAUAAAAUCUAUUUCAUUUUCACUCUGUACUCAAAUAUAGAGGGAGUUCUAUUAAUUAAAAUUCAAAUUAUUACUAAUAUUUUUCAAUCUGGUUUAAAAUAUAGACUUUAACUUUAUAUAAAAUCAACAUUCUAUAUGUAGCACUAAAAAUUUUGCUGAACUAAUAUUAUACUAUUUAAUGAGGGUUGAGCGCUGUUGCCUGAGAUACAGGUUUUAUAACCUAGUUCAGAGACAGGUGUUUAGGCUGAUCCAAAUGUACAAAUGAAUUCGUACCUACUUUUACUGUAAUUUCCAGUGCUGAGUUUAUUACAGUCAUGGUUAUGCAAUAAAGUUAUUAUUAUUAUUAUUAUACAAUAUUGUUCCAUAUCCUUGACAAAAUAUUAGUUUCCUGAAAUUGUAGUUUCCUGAACAUUUGACAGAUUUAGCUGUCUUUGAUUUUAUAGAUUUCCUAUCUAUUUCAAUGUGCUUGACUAAGAAACGUCCAAACGUCUAUAAAAACUUUCACAUUUAUAUUAUAAGUAUAAUAAUUUUAUAUUUCAACGUUUGUUUUAUCGUAUUUUAAUAUGAGUAUAAAAGCAAUUGUAAUAUUUACCAAAAUCAUGUACAAAAUUCAUUUUAGAAAAUAGUCAUAUAAUUUGCAAAUGACUCUGGAUUGUAAAAGAAUCUGUGAGAUACAGAUUAAAAAAUAAAAAAAAAUUAACUUUUUGUCUAUUGCCCACCAAAGCGGAGCUGAGACAUAAUAUGGACUAAAUAAUGACAUAUUUUUUUUUUAUAUUCACAUUCAAUAUCCUUAUAAUGACUAUGUCAACUUGAUAAAGAUCCUUCUUUAUUAUCAAAACAGUUCCUGUUUUUUUUUUUUUUUUUUAAGUGGAAGGGACUGGUUGACCAAAACGAAACAGCUGAUUCAGAUGAAUGGUCUGAAUCAGAUGGCAGAUUAUUUUUUCAAAGGAAAUAUUUUUCUUAGUUUUGACGCCGCGCAAUGUAUUUGAAAUUUUACGAUCCACACGACGCGUAAUACUUACACUGCCCGAUCCAUGGCGCUUCUUCGUAGGUAGUUUCAAACGCUCGUAUCGGUGACUUUACACUACUGAUUCCGCGCGUCGCUGUAGAAUUAUAAUACAAAUUUUACAUUGUUGUUUUUAGGUAUUUCAUAGUAUUUCACUAUAAAAUAUUAUUAUUUAUUUAUAUUAUUACUUAAUAUCAUAGAUUAAAUGAUUUUAAAUAAAAAAAAUAAAUAAAACAGUUCAGAACAGCAACAGUUCAGGUCUGAAUUCAUUCAGUUUUUGUCAACCUGUAUAUUUAUUUGCCCCUUGCACCCUGUAUAUUUAUAUGCUUUAUUUACAUAAAUAUAAAAAUACUACCUAGUAUCCAGCCCCUGUAGACAAGGUACUAACGGAUCUAUCGAUAGAAUAGAAACACAUGAGAAAGAACAAGAUAGUCGCACGUCGUCAUGUCAUUCUAUCUCAUAUAUUCGCUAGCGAUAACGAUUCUAUCAAUCGAUUCGUUUAUAUAUUUAUUUAUUUAUUCUUUAUUGCACAAUAAAACUUUGUACAAGUGGCGAGCUUAAUGCCAUAUGGCAUUCUCUAUCAGCUAACCAUUAGGUAAAAACAUUAAGCGUAUGAAGGCAGAGGUGGUGAAAAAUAUGUGACAUAAUUAUAGUAAGAUACUGAAAUAAUUAUACAUAAGAAAUACACAUUUAAUACAUAAACAUUACUUAUAAUACAUAUAGUUAAACUAAUAUAUACUUUGUCCAGGGGGCUGAUUUGGUUUGAUGAGCGAUGGGCUAUUAUGUAAUAAGUGUAUAGUUAGUCGAUAGUACAACCUCCACUCUAUUGUGAUAGUUUCCCGUAAUAUUUAGUUUGUAAAUAGUAAGUGAAUUUAUAUUUUACUUCAAUAUUAGUCACUUAUUAAAUAUUUCAAGUUAUUAUAUUCACAUUUUUACAUAUAGAACUUUUUGCAUUUCAUUUUAUUAAGAACAAAUGUUUAUGUAAGUUGCUUAGCAAAAUAUUUUAUUUAUUUUUAUUCAGUUUAAAUGUUUAAAUAAAUAAUUAAAUAAUAUUUUGUGUUUGUUGUUAAAAUUAAUAUAUUUGUCUUUGUAUAAACAUAAAAUGUUUAUAUUAUAAAGGAUUGAACUGCAAUUUUUGAAAUUAUACUUUGCUAAGCAACGUGUGUGUAGAGAUUAUAGAUAUAAUGUAUUGUGAUAAAAUAUGCCAUUUACGAGUAUUCUAAGUCGUUAAUUAUUUCACGACAAUGUAAAAAAAAAUCUAUUUUAAGAGAAAAAUGUUAAAAUCAAUAAAAAUAUUUGAGGUA